CAAGCUUCCUUCCUCCACCCUUGUUUAGGGUUUCCUUCUCUGGUCAUUCCCGUCUCCGGCGAUCUCCGUCCAUUUCCGUCCCCUGGGAAAAGAAGAACGCCAGAGAGGUCUCCUGUUAUUUGACAAUGGGUACGCCGGAGACGUCGAGGGAGCCGUGCCCUGACCGGAUCUUGGACGAUAUAGGAGGAGCGUUCGGGAUGGGCGCGGUGGGCGGCUCCGCCUUCCAUUUCAUCAAGGGACUCUACAACUCGCCGAAGGGCGAGCGCGUUGUCGGCGGAGUACAGGCCGUCCGGAUGAACGCGCCGCGCGUCGGCGGGAGCUUCGCCGUCUGGGGUGGCCUCUUCUCAGCCUUCGACUGCUCCAUGGUCUACGUCCGACAGAAGGAGGACCCUUGGAACUCCAUCAUCGCCGGAGCUGCUACCGGCGGCUUCCUCUCGAUGCGCCAGGGUCUUGGCGCCGCUUCGCGAUCGGCCAUAUUCGGAGGGGUCCUCCUCGCCCUCAUCGAGGGCGCCGGUAUCAUGCUUAAUAAAGUGCUCAGCGCGCCCCAGAAUUUCCCGCCAAUGGAGGAGCCGAUUCCCGCCAUGAUGACCCCUGCGGGGGUGGAGAUCGGAGUUGAUCAACGGCCAAAGGCGGAGGAGUCAUCUUCGUGGUUUGGCGGUUUCUUUGGGGGAAGAAGGAGACGGAGCCAUCUGGUUCAGCCAAGACUGAGGUAUUGGAGAGCUUUGAUUCUCCAAGCACACCCAUCCCCACUUUCGAAUACAAGUGAGGGGUUUCCUUUCUUUCCGUGUCUCCGAUCUUCCAGGUCAUGGCACAAAUAAGAAAGUUGCUUUGAGUUGGUUGGGCUGCUCUUCAGAAACAAAGGCAAGUUCAGAUCCCGCGAGCUGUAUCUGCUGUCGACCAGACAUAAUUUUUUUGCAGAAUGAUUAGGUUACAUUUGGAAAUGCAGUGUAUAAUAUUUGGAUUCUUAACGAUAUAGCAUAAAAUUUAUGUUAUUCAAAAUUUGGAUACGCUUCAAAACA